AUGUCUGAAAUUCAGAAGUGGACAAUCAAUGAGCCUUAUAUCGACAUAGCCGGAACACUACUGGAAGGUCCUUACCACGAUGUAGCCAACAACGAGUUUCGCUUUGUUGAUAUUUGGGAUCAUAAACUUUAUCGUCUCAAUCUGGCGAAAGGUCCAGACUCUCUCAAGACAAUUGAUACAACUGCGGCUAUUGGUGUCACCGCCAACAUUGCCAAUGCGGUUGAGGCCGAGAAGGAUCAACUGAUAGUCGGGGCCAAGCUGGGAUUUGCCCGGCUGAACCAAACCAAUGGAAACAUCUCCUAUAUACGUGAAGCAUGGGGCGACGAAGAUGGACCGGGGAAAGCUGAGAGGAUGCGAUUCAACGACGGCGCCGUCGAUAGUCACGGCCGAUUCUGGGCGGGGGCCAUGAAUGACCCCAAGAUCAAGGCUCCCGGUCCGGAAGGUAUCCUCUUCAGACUAGACCCAGAUCUAAGCCUGCACCGUGUGUUGGCACCAGUGACGAUUCCCAACGGCAUUGGCUGGAAUCUUUCGGACGAUACGAUGUACCUAACAGACUCGCCAACAGGGAAGAUCUUUGCGUUUGAUUUCGAUGCCGCGGCGGGCGCGAUUAGCAACCGACGCGUACACUAUGAUCUUGGUGAGCCACUGGAACCGGAUGGAUUCGCAAUAGAUGUUGAGGGUUGUAUCUGGAGUGCUAUUUACGGCGGCGGGAAGGUUAUCCGGAUCUCGCCUGCCGGAAAGCUCAUCGGGCAGAUUGACCUUCCCACGCGGAAUCCGACUUGUCCCACCUUUGUGGGGACGGAGCUGUUCAUCACUUCUGCGAAGGAUACUCGUGAUGAUGAACGAUUCCCGCAGUCGAUGCGGUAUGGGGGCCGAGUUUUCCGAAUUGAUGUUGGCAUCCGGGGGAAGCCUAAGAAUGAGUUCCGCUUUGCGAACUAA